UUCCGCAGUAUAUUCCUCCGCCGCGCAUAGGUCCGGAGCCGUUUCCGCAUCGUACCCUUCCUGGGUGUCUCCGCCGCCAUUGCGGGUUUUCGGCGUUUCUGUUGGGGCUGCUCGUCUCCAUUCAGGGGAAAACGACGCUUCAGCAGUAGCCAGGACCGCCAAUCUGAACGGUUCCUGUCACUUUUAGGAGGGUAACACCCCCCAUCUUUCAUUACCCCUGCUUUUCUGGAGCCGUCUCUGCCUGGUCACACAGCUGCGCGGCUCCGAGCUGACCGAGCGAGCGGAGAUCGGGACAGCAGGAAAAGACAACGGCCAUGGCUCAGAUCCUGCCCAUCCGCUUCCAGGAGCACCUCCAGCUCCAAAACCUGGGCAUAAAUCCCGCCAAUAUUGGGUUCAGCACUCUGACUAUGGAGUCGGAUAAGUUCAUCUGCGUUCGCGAGAAGGUCGGUGAACAGGCUCAGGUGGUAAUCAUUGAUAUGAACGACCCAAACACCCCUAUCCGUCGGCCCAUCUCUGCAGACAGCGCCAUCAUGAACCCUGCCAGCAAGGUUAUUGCUCUGAAAGAUGCGGCAAAAACUCUUCAAAUUUUCAACAUUGAGAUGAAGAGCAAGAUGAAGGCUCAUACCAUGUCAGAUGACGUCACCUUUUGGAAAUGGAUCUCCCUCAACACGGUUGCGCUGGUUACAGACAAUGCCGUCUACCAUUGGAGCAUGGAGGGAGACUCCCAGCCAGUUAAAGUCUUUGACCGGCAUUCGAGCCUGGCAGGCUGUCAAAUUAUCAACUACCGCACUGAUGCCAAGCAAAAGUGGCUGCUCCUUAUUGGUAUCUCUGCACAGCAAAACCGGGUUGUGGGUGCCAUGCAGCUGUACUCCGUGGACAGAAAGGUCUCCCAGCCAAUUGAGGGCCAUGCAGCCAGCUUUGCUCAGUUUAAAAUGGAGGGCAAUGCAGAAGAAUCCACCCUUUUCUGUUUUGCUGUUAGGGGUCAAGCUGGGGGGAAGUUGCAUAUUAUUGAGGUGGGGACACCUCCAACAGGGAACCAGCCCUUUCCAAAGAAAGCCGUGGAUGUGUUUUUCCCCCCUGAAGCCCAGAAUGACUUUCCAGUAGCCAUGCAGAUUAGUUCUAAGCAGGACGUUGUCUUUCUCAUCACCAAAUACGGCUACAUCCACCUCUAUGAUCUGGAAACGGGCACUUGCAUCUACAUGAAUAGGAUUAGUGGGGAGACCAUUUUUGUGACGGCCCCCCAUGAAGCUACAUCUGGCAUCAUUGGAGUCAACCGGAAAGGACAGGUGCUUUCUGUAUGCGUGGAGGAAGAGAACAUCAUCCCUUACAUCACCAACGUGCUGCAGAACUCAGACCUGGCCCUUCGCAUGGCUGUGCGAAACAACUUGGCUGGUGCUGAAGAGCUCUUUGCGCGCAAGUUCAACAAUCUGUUUGCAGCUGGAAGCUAUUCAGAGGCUGCAAAAGUAGCAGCCAAUGCACCAAAGGGAAUCCUGCGUACACCUGACACCAUCAGGCGGUUCCAAAGUGUCCCAGCCCAACCAGGCCAGACAUCCCCCCUGCUCCAGUACUUUGGCAUCCUGCUGGAUCAGGGCCAGCUCAACAAGUUUGAGUCUCUGGAGCUUUGCAGGCCUGUCCUGCAACAAGGCCGCAAGCAGCUUCUGGAAAAGUGGCUGAAGGAGGACAAGCUGGAGUGCUCAGAGGAGCUGGGCGAUCUGGUAAAGUCUGUGGACCCAACUCUGGCCCUCAGUGUGUACCUGAGAGCCAAUGUUCCCAACAAGGUCAUCCAGUGCUUUGCAGAGACCGGACAGUUCCAGAAAAUUGUACUGUAUGCCAAAAAGGUUGGAUACACUCCUGACUGGAUCUUUUUGUUACGCAAUGUGAUGCGCAUCAGUCCUGAGCAGGGUCUGCAGUUCUCCCAGAUGUUGGUGCAGGAUGAGGAGCCCCUGGCUGACAUCACGCAGAUAGUUGACGUCUUCAUGGAGUACAACCUGAUCCAGCAGUGCACCUCCUUCCUGCUUGACGCUUUGAAGAACAACCGCCCUUCAGAGGGACCUCUGCAGACCCGUUUACUGGAGAUGAAUCUCAUGCACGCUCCACAGGUCGCUGAUGCAAUCCUGGGCAAUCAGAUGUUCACACACUAUGACCGUGCCCACAUUGCCCAACUGUGUGAGAAGGCAGGUCUUCUCCAGAGAGCACUGGAGCACUACACUGACCUGUACGAUAUCAAACGAGCCGUGGUCCACACUCACCUACUCAACCCAGAGUGGCUAGUGAACUUCUUUGGCUCCUUGUCUGUGGAGGAUUCCCUUGAGUGUCUGCGGGCCAUGCUUUCCGCCAACAUCCGUCAGAACCUGCAGAUAUGCGUCCAGGUGGCCUCGAAAUACCAUGAGCAGCUGUCCACCCAGUCCCUCACUGAACUUUUUGAGUCCUUCAAGAGUUUUGAGGGCCUUUUCUACUUCCUCGGCUCCAUUGUGAACUUCAGCCAGGACCCCGAGGUUCACUUUAAGUACAUCCAGGCAGCCUGUAAAACUGGCCAAAUCAAAGAAGUUGAGCGGAUCUGCCGGGAAAGCAACUGUUACGAUGCCGAACGUGUGAAGAACUUCCUGAAGGAGGCAAAGCUGACUGACCAGCUGCCACUUAUUAUUGUGUGUGAUCGCUUUGACUUUGUCCACGACCUCGUCCUCUACCUCUACCGCAACAACCUACAAAAGUACAUUGAGAUCUACGUGCAGAAGGUAAAUCCAAGCCGCUUGCCUGUGGUGAUUGGAGGGCUGCUCGAUGUGGACUGCUCCGAGGACAUCAUCAAGAACCUCAUCUUAGUGGUGAGGGGCCAGUUCUCCACUGAUGAGCUCGUGGCUGAGGUUGAGAAAAGAAACCGACUGAAGCUCCUGUUGCCAUGGCUGGAGGCUCGCAUCCAUGAGGGCUGUGAAGAGCCUGCCACUCAUAACGCUUUGGCCAAGAUCUACAUCGAUAGCAACAACAAUCCAGAGCGAUUCCUGCGGGAGAAUCCCUUCUAUGACAGCCGUGUCGUGGGGAAGUACUGUGAGAAGCGGGACCCUCACCUGGCCUGUGUCGCUUAUGAGCGAGGACAGUGUGACCAGGAGCUCAUUCAUGUCUGCAAUGAAAAUUCUCUAUUCAAAAGUCUGUCACGGUACUUGGUGCGGCGCAAAGAUCCUGAACUUUGGGCCAGUGUUCUCCUGGAGACUAAUCCCUACCGGAGGCCUUUGAUAGACCAGGUGGUACAGACAGCCCUUUCUGAGACUCAGGACCCAGAAGAGGUAUCUGUCACUGUGAAGGCCUUUAUGACUGCUGACCUUCCCAAUGAGCUCAUUGAACUCCUGGAAAAAAUUGUUUUGGACAACUCGGUUUUUAGCGAGCACAGAAACCUACAGAACCUCCUGAUACUCACAGCCAUAAAAGCAGACCGAACUCGUGUAAUGGAGUACAUUAAUCGCCUGGAUAACUAUGAUGCGCCUGACAUCGCCAACAUAGCCAUUAGUAAUGAGCUGUUUGAGGAGGCCUUUGCCAUCUUCAGGAAGUUUGAUGUCAACACCUCUGCAGUGCAGGUUCUUAUUGAACACAUUGGCAAUUUGGACCGGGCAUAUGAGUUUGCUGAGCGCUGCAACGAGCCUGCCGUGUGGAGCCAGCUUGGCAAAGCCCAGCUACUGAAGGGCCUGGUAAAGGAGGCCAUCGACUCCUACAUCAAAGCUGAUGAUCCAUCAGCAUACAUGGAAGUUGUCCAGGCUGCUGGUCAGAGUGGAAACUGGGAAGAUCUUGUGAAGUUCCUGCUGAUGGCCCGGAAGAAGGCUCGCGAAUCAUACGUGGAGACUGAGCUCAUAUUUGCUUUGGCUAAAACUAACCGCCUUGCUGAGCUCGAGGAGUUCAUCAAUGGGCCUAAUAAUGCCCACAUCCAGCAAGUUGGUGAUCGAUGCUACGAUGAAAAAAUGUAUGAAGCAGCAAAGUUACUGUACAACAAUGUCUCUAACUUUGGCCGGUUAGCCUCUACUCUAGUCCACUUGGGAGAAUACCAGGCUGCUGUUGAUGGAGCCCGCAAGGCCAACAGCACACGGACCUGGAAGGAAGUGUGUUUUGCCUGUGUAGAUGGAAAAGAGUUCCGUUUGGCCCAGAUGUGUGGCUUGCACAUUGUGGUCCAUGCUGAUGAACUGGAGGAGCUCAUCAACUACUACCAGGACCGUGGCUACUUUGAGGAGCUCAUCACUAUGCUGGAGGCAGCUCUGGGCCUAGAGAGAGCCCACAUGGGUAUGUUCACAGAGCUGGCCAUCCUCUACUCCAAGUUCAAACCACAGAAGAUGAGAGAGCAUCUGGAGCUUUUCUGGUCCCGAGUCAAUAUUCCAAAGGUGCUGAGGGCUGCUGAGCAGGCACAUCUUUGGGCAGAGCUUGUCUUUCUCUAUGACAAGUAUGAGGAGUAUGACAAUGCCAUCAUCACCAUGAUGAACCAUCCAUCAGAUGCUUGGAAGGAAGGACAGUUCAAGGACAUCAUCACAAAAGUGGCCAAUGUGGAGCUUUACUACAAAGCCAUCCAGUUUUAUUUAGAGUUCAAACCUCUGUUACUGAAUGACCUCCUUAUCGUCCUGUCUCCCCGACUUGACCAUACUCGAUCUGUCAACUUCUUCAGCAAGGUUAAGCAGCUUCCACUAGUCAAGCCCUACUUGAGAUCUGUACAAAAUCAUAACAACAAGUCAGUCAAUGAAGCACUGAACAACCUCUUCAUCGCAGAAGAAGAUUACCAGGCUCUGCGCACAUCUAUAGAUGCCUAUGACAACUUUGACAACAUCUCCCUGGCCCAGAGCCUGGAGAAACAUGAGCUUAUUGAGUUCAGGAGAAUUGCAGCUUACCUCUUCAAGGGCAACAAUCGCUGGAAGCAGAGUGUGGAGCUCUGUAAGAAGGACAAACUGUACAAGGAUGCCAUGCAAUAUGCAUCAGAGUCUAAAGACAUUGAGUUGGCAGAGGAGCUGCUUCAGUGGUUCCUGCAGGAAGGGAAGAAGGAGUGUUUUGCUGCCUGCCUGUUCACCUGCUACGAUCUUCUGCGCCCUGAUGUGGUCUUGGAGACUGCUUGGAGGCAUAACAUUAUGGAAUUCUCCAUGCCUUAUUUCAUCCAGGUCAUGAGAGAGUACCUGACCAAGGUCGAUGCAAUUAAGGAAAAGGUGGAUAAGUUGGAUGCCUCUGAGUCCUUGAGGAAAGAGGAGGAGCAGGCUACAGAGACGCAGCCCAUUGUCUAUGGCACACCUCAGCUGAUGCUCACUGCAGGACCCAGUAUGGGUGUCCCUCCCCAGCAGGCCUAUGGCUAUGGCUAUGCCGCACCAACUGGCUACGGGCAGCCCCAGCAAGCCCAGCCUGGCUUUGGCUACAGCAUGUAGGUGCCUGUGGUAUCCAAAACCAGUCCGUCCUUCAUACCUUCUUCACCAGCUCAUUAUGAUUUUCUGCUCAUAGCAAGGGAUGCAGAGUAAGCAGGCUUUCUGAUGUCAUGAACUUUGGAUUAUUUCUGUUGUUGAAGUGGGGGGAGAAAACUGGACCACACAUUCUUUUUCUGGUAUUUACCUAUAUAUUACUGGAGUUUGUCAUUUUUUUAUUUUAAGAGCUAAUGAAUGGUUCAUGUAAGCAAAGAGGGACCUGCAAAAAGUCCCAUCUUCCUGAAGUCUGUUGUAAGGAGUCUAAUUUGCACUCAGUUAUGAGAAACUAAUGUAGAAUCUCUUGUAUGUAUGUAAGCAGCUUUUUCUGUCUGUAAAAUGCAUUUAUUGUAUAUUCAAAAAAGAGACUACAGCAUCCUCAAUAUUUGAACGUGGGAUUGUCGCUUCUACGACUUCAGGUACAAACACUAAUAACAGUAUGUACUACAGGGGUCUAGUGCUACAGAGUCAUUUCAAAUGCGAGUUUUAACCCUGGUAGUGUAUACAGGUUCUCCACUUAACCAUAUAGAAAUUGUGUUUCUGUUCAGUCCAUGUGGGACAUACUCCCUAUCUGGUGUUUCUCUAUUCAGUGUUCAUUUGUUGGACCAUUUCUGUUGCAGGGCAGAGGGAAAGCAGAGUCUAUUCUCCUGAACAGUGUGUGUACUUACUCACUCCUUAAUUGUGCUGAGGUUUGCGUGUGCUGGGUGUUGUGAUGUUCUAGGUCACUGUUUUGAGUGUACAGAACAGAGAAUUUAAAAACCUGAUACCUUGCUUGUCCUCACAGUUUUUGUGCAAUUUGCAUUCUGAUAUAAUUGAAAAUAAACUCACAAAACCAUGGGGACUUGGUUUUCAUCUUUUUUUCAAAAAAUUAGUUCCCAUGUUUUUUUUGGGUUGCUUCAGAUACCAGUUUAUACUUUGUUUUUAACUGCUAUCAUGCCAUGAGAUAAUGCAUUGUAGUCUUCAGAAGGAAACACCAUCUCAAUGACAUUUCCUUCCCAUAAUUUACAGCUCUUGGGUUCCACUGGUCCGAUAAAUUGUCACACAUUGAAGUGUAUUUUCCUCACUUGUAUCAGUGAUAGCAGUGGCUCUUUGAAAAUGUGACUUAAGGUCACGAAUCCCUUGUUUUUGGCAAGGAACAUUAAAUAAAACUGGUUUAAUCAAUGGUGGUUUGAUGAAUUAGGAAAUCCUUCCUUUUCCAGGCUCAUUCAACCUGUUACUUUGAGAACAGUUAACUUUUUGUUCCAAUUCCUCAUGUAAU